GCGUAGCAACAGAACGCAACCCGAACGAAGAAGGGAACCUAGACCCGCCGACGACAACAACAUUGACAGCUUCAGCCAGCACUGGCAAAUAUGGCAGAAGUCGAGGAGACACUGAAGAGGAUUCAAACUCAUAAAGGUGUAAUUGGGACUAUAGUUGUUAAUGCUGAGGGUAUCCCAAUCAGAACUACCUUAGACAACUCCACCACGGUUCAGUAUGCUGGUUUGCUGCACCAGCUCACUAUGAAAGCCAGGAGCACAGUCCGAGACAUUGACCCUCAGAACGACCUGACAUUCCUCAGAAUCCGCUCCAAGAAGCAUGAGAUCAUGGUGGCACCUGACAAGGAGUAUAUGUUGAUAGUGAUCCAGAAUCCCAGUGAAUAGCCCCAGGAUUGACCUGCUACAGACAGACUGUAGAUCAUCGCACAAUGCUCAUUGGCUCAUUCCCAACUUGACCAGACUUUUUGUUUUCUUUGUAUUUUUCCUUUUUAUACUCUGCAAUAUGUUGCCUUACUUUAUACAUUCUCCUUCUAGCCAUGAUCAUCAAAUAGAAAAAUAAAGGACACAGUCAUAACAAUU